CAUCAAAAAUAUUGCAAAAUUUCAGUGUAAAAAUUGGAAUUAAAUUGAAAAAAUAAAUUUUUAAAAUUUAUUUAAAAGAUUUUAUAUAAAAAUAUGUAUAAAAUUAUACAUUUUGAUAAAAAGCUUUGUCACCUUUUAAGACAUCAUUUGGAUUUUGUGGACGAAAAUAUGUGUGAUAUUUACUCCAUAUGGAAUUUUUGUCCUCGAACAAGAUGGAAAACUUUGAAAAACUUUUUUGCUGGAAAAUAUCUAUGUCGGGCACAGUACUUUCCUAUCAUAUAUUGGUUAGUUUUAGUGGUUUCAAUAAUGGGUAGUAUCUAUAGUUUCUCUGAAUUCUCAUCAUUAUUUUGGGGCACACGCAAGCAGCUCAAUAUGUGGCGUCAACGUACAUUUUAUGUUUUACCACCAUCUGUUUUGCGUAAAUGUCGUUUAGUGGGCGCCUUAAUCAUGUUAAAAGCUUGGGUGUUAUUGUGGUAUGCUGUGGUCAAGGUAUCCCCCUCUCAAAUGACACCUUGGCUGAUCAUAAAUAUGCUUGUUUUGGGUUCUGAUUUAAUCAUAUGGAUUACUGAGGUAUUUUCUGGUGUUUGUAAAUUGGAAUUGCGAACUUUAUUCUCUUUCACCUUGAUGAUAGUCAAUUAUUUGUUUGUGCGCUGCGUGCAAAGUGUCUUUCAAAAUGCCAUUGAAAUGAACGAUGUGGAAGAUUUAAGAUUAUGGAAAAGUUUUUAACUGUCCAUCACUCACACCAUUUGUUGUUAUAUUUUAUAAUCUUU